AUGGGAAAUCAAGCGAGCAAAGUUCUCGCUGCGAGUAACAACAAGAAAAAGAAUCAAUCAAAGUCGAAACAAAGACCUAUGUCAACAUCCGUGGCGUCUCAAGGAAAUUACGAUUGGCUGGACCAAGAUCCUCACAGCAGCAACGAAAACAUGGCUUUGAAUGCUGCUGUUUCCGCAGCGGUAGCACUUCAGCAACAAAAGCAACAAAAACCCGAGAUUUCUCAAUCUGUCCCUGCUCCGCCUUCACCAACUGCUUUAAAAUUCAAUAAUACGAGAAGAAAAUCCAUAUCAGAAUUUUUUGCCAGAAGAAAACAAAGUAUGGCCUCAUUGCAUCCAACUAUUGCCGAAGAAGAUAGAAAAGAAUAUGACAGACUUCAAAGACAACAUUAUUUAUUGAAGAGCACACGAAAAGGCAAUUUUUGGGCACCUAUACAAUCUCCAAAGGUCAUUGUCGAAGCAGGUACCGGUAGUGGAAUUUGGGCAUUAGAAAUGGCUGCACAAUUUCCUGAAUGUCAGGUACUGGGGCUUGAUUUAAAACCGCCAGUCUUUCAACAUGGAAAUCCAACCAAUUUGCGAUAUAAUCAAACUAAUUUAAAUGAAUCCUGGCCAAUGAAUGACAAUACAGUUGACUUCAUCUUUCAACGAAAUAUGUAUUUGCAAAUUCAAAUAGGUCAAUGGCCGACCUUGUUGGAAGAGAUGUUUCGAGUUUUAAAACCAGGCGGCUACAUCGAAUUAUUGGAACCUGAUUUUUGGCAUCAUAGCACUGGCCCCGUGCAACAAGCUUUUCGAGAAUUUUUUCUGGAGCAAUGCAAAGUCAAAAACGUUGAUCCGGAGGCUGCUUGCUCAUUGGCUGGAACCAUUGAAGAAAAGGGUUUUCAAGAAAUCGAAAGAAGAAUUCUAGAUAUACCAAUUGGUGAAUGGCCAUCUGAACCGGAACUGAAGCAAUAUGGGUUUAUAAACAAGGAAAUCCAAAAGACCUUAUUGAAAAACAGAAAGACGUUGUAUCUACCCAAAUGGGGCAUCACUCCUUCUGAAUACGAUUUGGCCGUAACCAGUAUAUUGGAUGAAUUCGAAGAGUGUGAAACCUUCUCAAGAUUUAAUUGCUGGAUGGCUAGGAAGCCAUUAGAAGAAUAG